UCCUUUUACUUUUAGUUCACUUCUUUAACUGAGACGGACAUGAUAUAAUCCUCACUGAGCUGAAGGAUGGCAUCCGGUCCUGGGCUUCCCACCGAAGAUGAACCGGUUUCCUUGGGCAUCGAUGAUCUCCAUAUUUCACUGCAAGCGGAGCAGGAAGACACCCAGAAGAGAACCUUCACCUGCUGGAUAAACACACAGUUGGCAAAGCACACUCCUCCCUCAGUGAUAUCAGACCUAUUCACGGACAUUAAAAAGGGGCACGUCCUCCUGGACCUGCUAGAAGUGCUCUCAGGACAACAGUUGCCUCGAGAUAAAGGAUCUAAUACAUUCCAGUGUAGACUCAAUAUAGAACAUGCCCUGACAUUCCUAAAAAGCCGAUCGAUCAAGCUAAUAAAUAUUCAUGUUACUGACAUUAUAGAGGGAAACCCAUCCAUUAUUCUUGGCCUGAUUUGGAUAAUUAUACUGCACUUUCACAUUGAGGAACUUGCCCAGACUCUUUCUUGCAAUUACAAUCAACCUUCCCUGGACGAUGUGAGUGUGGUUGAGUCAUCUCCUACCUCAAGUCCUCCCACUAAGAAAUGCUCCCAAGCCCAAGAAAGGUGGCAGAUGUCUGCGAAAAAGGCUCUUCUCUUGUGGGCUCAGGAGCAGUGUGCCACGCACGAGUCUGUGAGUGUGACAGAUUUUAAGUCAAGCUGGAGAAAUGGGAUGGCUUUUUUGGCUGUCAUUCAUGCCUUGCGACCAGACCUAAUUGACAUGAAGAGCGUGAAGCAUAGAUCCAACAAAGACAAUCUGAGAGAGGCCUUCAGAAUUGCAGAGCGAGAAUUAAAAAUCCCCAAAUUGCUGGAACCAGAAGAUGUGGAUGUUGUCAGUCCUGAUGAAAAGUCAAUCAUGACUUACGUGGCACAGUUUCUACAGUAUUCAAAGGAUGCGCCUGGGACUGGAGAUAAAGCUCAGGGGAAGAUGAAAGAUGCUAUGGUCUGGUUAACUCUACAAGAGAAAAAACUACAGAAGAUGCUAAAGGACUCAGAAAAUGAGACCUACUAUAAAAAGUAUGAAAGCCUGCUGUCCUUUUUGGAGUCAUUCAAUGAAGGAAAAAAACCCUUUUUGGACAUCCUGUCGAUGAAAGAGAAUCUGAAUCGGCUGAAUGAAGAUCAGUUACAGUUGAGAAAAGCCUGGGAUGGCCUCAACUACCAGAUUAAUGUGUGGAAAACUAAGCUGAACGAUGACCUGCCCUCUCCCCUCCACCAAAUCGAAGCUUGGCUCCAGGAGGUCGAGGGGCUUACAGAUGCCGACUUGCCCGCCUCCCAGGAUUACUAUGAAGCCAUUGCGCUAAUAGAAGAGAAAAUGGCUUUAUUCAAGACUCUGAUGGAUAAAUGUGACUGUCACUCGAACACCCUCCUGACAUUUGAAAAUAGAGAUGAAAAACAGUCGCCAUUGGUACCAGCUUACAAAUUGGAGGAAAUGAAAAGACGAGUCAACACUAUUUCGGGGAAAAAAUUCAUUCCGCUUCUAGAGUUUCAUUACUAUAAGUGCUCAGUCCUUGGUUUGCUAGACGAAGCAAAAUCAAAAUUGAAGGUUUGGAACAUCAAAUAUGGGAGCAAAGAAUCUGUGGAAUUGCUGCUGGAAGACUGGCAUAAAUUUAUUGAAGAAAAAGACUUCUUAGCUCAACUUGAAACUUCUUUUCAAAAAUGUGAAGAAAUCUAUAAGAAUUUGGGUGGACAGUAUCAGAAUGUUAGUGAACAGCAUAUGACGAUGGAACGGAACAUUUCUGUGUGUCGGGAAAGCAUAGCCGACGUGCAGUGCACCCUGCAGAAGGUUCUGGGCUGCUGGACGGCGUAUACGGAAAAGCUGCGCUUCCUCAAGGCGUGUUUCGAGGAGACAAAGAAGGAACAAAUUACAGAGGUUCCCUCUGAGACACUAUCCCAGUGGAAUCUUGAACAUACUAUGUUAAAUGAAGUGGGAAAUUUCUUAAUUCAAGUCAGCAAUGCUGAAUUUAGAGCAUCUAUUUCUAAAGAAUUGAGAAGGCUGAAUAAAAGAUGGAGAAAGUUUGUUACAAAAACUCAGCUCGACAUGAAACUGCCACUUAUAAAAAAGCAGGAUCAGUCCAUUCUUGACAAUCCUAAAAAUAUUCCACCAUCUAAAGAGAAAAAACCAGCUGUUGAGUCUUCAACAGAUAGGCUAUUAGAAGGUGCUGAAGAUCCCAGCCAGAGUGUAAAGGCUGGGGAAGAACAUGAAAAAGAAAAUGAAGAAUUCCCAGGGCAACUAAAAGUGGCCGAAGAAACUGAAAAGCUUAUCGGAGAAGUGGAAACCUGGGACACAGAAACCAAGUCUCUUUUGGAUGUUCUGAGACAUCAAGAUGAUGUAGAUACUUCAGUGGAAGAAUCUUUGCAGCAUCUUAUUGCCAAGGGCUCUAUGUAUGAAGAGCUCACAUCUAGAAUGGAAGACACUUUACAAAUGGAUGUACAAAACAUUUCAAGCCAGGAGUCCCUUGAGCAUGUUCUCACAGCUGGGCUUCAGGCAAAGAUUCAAGAAGCUAAAGAGAAAGUCCAGAUCAACAUGGUAAAUUUAGGUGCAGUGCUGAAGAACUCAGCUGAUGUCUCACCAGAUCUGAAUGUCAGGAUGAAGGUGGAGGAAUCACUGAAGGAACUUGAAUCAUACAUUACAAGAGCUGAGCAGUUACUUGGCCAAAGAGAGAGCCGGAGUGGACUAAUUUCAAAGUAUAAGGAAGCACUAUUAAUUUUUAAUACUAAAAGUCUGGCCAAGUAUAUGAAAGCCAUUGAAGAACUGAAAAAUAAUGUAUCUGAGGAUGUAAAGCUGUCUUUGGAAGAAAAGAGCAGAGAUGUCUGCACCAAGUGGGAGUCUCUUCGUUAUGAACUGUCUUUGUAUAUUCAACAACUAAAAAUAGACAUUGAAAAGGAAAAAAUUAGUGACAGUAUUUCAAGACUUGAAAAACAAAUAAGUAAAGAAAAGAAACUAAUUCGCAGAGGAAGGACCAAGGGUCUCAUCAAGGAACAUGAGGCCUGCUUCUCUGAGGAAGGCAGCCUGUACCAGCUUGAUCACCACAUGGAUGUCCUGCGGGAGCUGUGCGAAGAGCUGACUUCACAAAGGAGUCAGCAGGAAGUGAGGAGGCUGCUCCGAGAUUACGAACAGAAGAUAGAAAGACUUCGGAGGGCCGCCUCCGAGAUCCACACGACACUGCAGCCCCCGGUGGGGGGCCCGUCGAAGAACAAGGAGACCGUGAACACGUCUGAGAACGGAGGAAGGAAUGCCCACAGUGAGGCGCCGUCUGCACACUCAGAUAAUCAGCCAUCAACUGAAAAGGCAGUGGAGUCGAUUAAGAAUUUGAGCCUGGAAUCAGAAUUGAAGCCUGAACAGGAAGAAAACAUAGAGAAGUAUGGGAAGGAUCACAAUACAUCUACAGAUAGUUUACUAGAGAGGUAUGAUACACACAGAGAAACUCUUGAGCAACACCUGCAAAACAACAAACAUAGAAUUACUUCUGAUUUUUCUAGUGAUGGGAAAAGGAGUAGUGCUUGUCUACAGGAUAAACUGAAAGAUCUACAGGUCUUAAAAAAUGAAACCGAUGCUCGCUGGAAAGCGUUUGAAGUCACCUCGUUGCAGUUAGAAGAGCUGGAGAGUGACAUAAAGAAGCCUGAUAUAAUUAAAGCAAGAGACAGAUUAAAGGGAAAAGAAAGAGAGUUUCAGAUGACUCUUAAUACCAGAAUGGAGUCUCUGGACACCGCGCUGCAGAUUGUGUUGCCUGUGGAGAAGGAAUCGCUCCUGCUCUGUGGCUCAGACCUGCUCCAUCUGCAUAACGUGGCCAUUCAAGAAUUUCACCUCACUGAUGCUGAUGGCAUUUAUCAACGCCUGAGGGAUAUCCAAGAUUCCAUAGCAAAACAGAUAGACACAUGUAACAAUUUGGAGCAGCCGGAUAACUCUGCAUUAAAGGAAUUACACCCACUUGACCUACAUGCGACACAGAAUAUUAUACUGACGCACAGAUCACAACUCGAGGAAACGAACCACAGGAUCCAGAGGAGUAAAGAUGCCAUCAGGGCUCUGGAAGAGUUUUUGACUUCUCUGAGAACAGCUGCACUCCCUGUUGAGCUUGUGACAGACUCUUCUGCCUCAGAUACGCAGGUGCCAGAAAAUACUUUGAAAGGAAAAAAUAAAGAGGGAGGAACUCAUCUGAUGAAAGAGAAGGCCAGACAUCUGGAUAAACGUUUGAAGAUGCUCGAUAUAAGCUUUAAAGAUGCCAAACAGGGUAAAGACACGUCCUGUGAAAAACUUCUCGAUGCUCUGUCCAAACUCUUAUUUGAGACACAUGGCGCUGGUGCACAGGAGGAACUCAUGAAAGAAAAAUUACUAGAGACUUGUACUUUCAAAAAUAAUGAACUCCUGAAAAAUAUUCUAGAUGUGCAAGGUCAGAUCAGUAAAGUUGGUCUCAAGGAUCCGACUGCUCCAGCUGUCAAACAACGGAAACAGUCAUUAAUCAGACUGGCGAAGGACCUCGAUGACUAUGAAGAGGAGAAGAAACACUUGCUAGAAAUGGCGAGCUCGCUUCCGCGGUUCGAAGACGGCAGAGAGAAGGCUCUGCACCAGCAGUGCGGGAACACGGCGCUCCUGUGGGAGGGCGCGAGAGCCGCCGCCGCCGAGGGCCUUGACCAGUGUGAAAGAGUUUUGGAGCUCCUAAAACAAUACCAGAAUUUUAAAAGCAUCUUGACAACAUUGAUUCAAAAAGAGGAGAAUGUCAUCUCCCUUCAGGCUUCGUACAUGGGGAAGGAGAACCUGAAGAAAAGAAUGGCAGAGAUUGAAACUGUCAAAGAAGAAUUUAAUGAACAUUCAGAAGUUGUAGACAAGAUUAACCAGAUCUGCAAAAAUCUACAAUUUCAUCUAAAUAAAAUGAGAACCUUUGAAGAGCCUCCUUUUGAGAAAGAGGCUAAUGUUAUUGUGGACAGAUGGCUUGAUAUAAAUGAGAAGACAGAAGACUACUAUGAAAAUCUUGGUCGAGCUCUAGCUUUAUGGGAGAAACUUUUUAACUUAAAAGAUGUAAUUGAUGAGUGGACUGAAAAGGUCCUUCAAAAAAUGGAAUUACAACAACUCACUGAAGAGGAAAGAGAAAUGCUGAAGGCAGAAUUACAAGUCCAUGAACAAAAACCUUCAGAAUUUUCUAGAAGAGUGGCUAAAAUACAGUUCCUGCUUCAAAGCAGUGAAAUACCUCUUGAAUUGCAGGUCAUGGAGUCCUCUAUUUUGAACAAGAUCGAACAUGUAAAAAUGCUUUUAACAGGAGAAUCCAACUGCUCUGCACUCAGUGGAAACACGGCUGAGCUAAGGGAGGACCUCGACCAAGCCAAGACCCAGAUCGGGAUGACUGAGUCCCUCUUAAAAGCCCUGUGUCCUUCCGACAGCUCGGAGAUCUUUACGAAACUAGAGGAGAUACAGCAGCAAAUUCUACAGCAAAAGCACAGUAUGAUAUUACUUGAGAAUCAAAUAGGCUGUCUGACUCCUGAACUCUCUGAAUUGAAAAAGCAAUAUGAAAGUGUCAGUGAUUUAUUUAAUACCAAAAAAAGUGUUUUGCAGGACCACUUUUCUAAGUUACUGAAUGAUCAGUGCAAGAACUUUAAUGACUGGUUCAGCAACAUUAAAAUAAACCUUGAAGAGUGCUUUGAGUUAUCAGAAACAAAAAAGAGUAUGGAACAAAGGCUACAGAAACUUUCUGAUUUCUUGACCCUGGAAGGGAAAGGCAGUCAAAUACAGCAGGUGGGAACUGUACUGAACCAUGUGAAGAAGCAUCUGCCCAAAGCGUGUGUUAAGGAGCUUAGCAGUUGGAUUCUAAGUCAAGAAGCUGAAUUAGAAAAAAUGGAGUCCGCGUGCCAGGUGCGAGCGAAGGAGCUUGGGGACUACCUGCAGCAGCUUCUGAGACUCCAGGAUGACCACAGAAACCUGAGUAAGUGGCUGACUAAUCAAGAAGAGAAAUGGAAAGAAAUGGAAGAAUCAGGAGAGAAAACAGAGUCAUUUUGCCAAGCUCUAGCUAGAAAGAGAGAACAAUUUGAAUCUGUGGCCCAGCUGAACAACUCUUUGAAGGAAUGCGGGCUCACUGAGGAAGAAUUAGCACUGGACUCGACACGUUUGAUUGAUAGAUACCAGGCAUUAUUGAGACAAAUACGUGAAGCUGAAGAAGAGGCUAAGUUACCUCCUGCCGAGGACCAGAGCUUUAAUGAUCUCGCACAAGGUGUAAUUCACUGGAUAACAGAGAUUAAAGAGUCCCUUAUGGUUUUGAAUUCGUCUGAAGGCCAAAUGCCACUUGAGGAAACAAUCCAAAAAAUAAAGGAAAUCAUUUUACUAAAGCCUGAAGGGGAUGCUAAAAUACAGAGGCUCAGGGGUCAGGCUGCGAGCAGCAAGGCUCCCUUGGAUUCAGAGACCGUUGCUGAUAUCGAGAACCAGUGGGUCAGCACACUCCAUUUAGCCAACACGUAUCUAAGCCAUCAAGAAAAGCUUCUACUAGAAGGAGAGAAGUAUUUGCAAAGCAAGGAGGGUCUGAGAGUAAUGCUCACAGAACUGAAAAAGAAACAAGAAGUGGGCUUUGCUCUGCAGCCUGGUUUGCAGGAGAAGAAAGCUCAGUUAAAAAUUUAUAAGAAAUUCCUCCAGAAGGCACAAGAUUUGACAUCCUUGCUAAAGGAGCUAAAAUCUCAAGGAAAUUACCUCUUAGAAUGCACUAAAAAUCCCAACUUCAGUGAAGAGCCUUGGCUGGAAAUAAAGCAUCUACACGAAAGUCUUCUUCAACAACUACAGGAUUCCGUGCAAAAAUUGGAAGGUCAUGUUCAAGAACACCACUCCUACCAGGUUUGCAUUGCAGACCUGAAUACCGAAUUGGACACUAUCUCCAAGGAAUUUGUUAGUUUUUCUGACAAGCCUGUGGAUCAAAUAGGAGCUGAGGAAAAGCUGCAGGAACUGCAGGAACUGGAGAACAGACUCCGUCUACAAGAUGGCACGUUAGAGAAGAUUUCAGGUUUAGCAAAAUCCAUCAAGCAAAAUACAUCUUCAGUGGGACAGAAGAUUAUUAAAGAGGACAUAAAAUCACUUAAGUGUAAACACAGAGAUUUGGAAAACAGGCUUGAAUCCGCUAAGCAGGAGAUGGGAAGUUAUCUCAACAGCGUUCUCAAAGCAGAGCGCUUCUCGGCAAAGAGAGAGAAGUUUCCUCUGCCAGGCGGAGAGGCGCAGGUCGCUUCUGACGCGCGGGAGGCCGCUCGGGACUCGGCUGCGGUGGGAAAGUUGGAGGAAGGCUCGGAAAUAAACAAGAAUUCAGCUGUGGAAGUGCUUUUGUCAAAACAACUUUCUCUUGAUGUUCAAGAAAGCAUGAAAAACACUGAAGAUGAGCAGAGAGUCAAUGAGCUGCAAAAUCAACCUUUAGAAUUAGAUGUUAUGUUAAGAAAUGAACAAUUAAAAGAGAUAGAGGAAUUACAUACCCAGUUGGAAGCCAGAAAAGCAGCCAUGGAACCACUGGAACAAACUGAAGACCCCAACAGAACAGAAACAAGUGCCUUGCCUCCCCACAGCCCAAGGAAUUCAGUGCAGCACUUGGACAGCCUGCUUCAGGCACUUACUACUCUGAAGAAAGAUAAGGAACACCACUAUGGUCUCCUUAGUGAUUUUCAGGAGCACCUCUCUGCAGUCGAAUCCUCGCUGAAAGCCUUGCUGACAGAGAAGGAAAGUCUAAAAGUGGGACCACUGGACAGUGCAACCUACGUGGCCAAAAUUCAGAAGUUGCUGGCAUCAAUAGAAAAAGAGAAAGAUUCUCUAAGCAAGAUGAAAAUCGAGUGGGAAAAUUUAUCAAACUAUCUGACUGACAUGGAUAAGAAGCUGUUGGAAAGCCAGGUCAGGCAGCUUGAACAGAGGUGGGAACACGUAGAACAACUGGUUCGAAGAAAGUAUUCCCAGCACGCGAUGGAACACGAGGAGUUUACUUUUCUCAUGAGUCAGAUCCAAGGCCUGGCCCUUUCUCUGCAGCAGCAGCAGCAGCGUCUCCGGCUAAGGCUGGGCUCUCCGGAGGCACAGGACGGGACCCAGAGCCUGGUGGCCUUGGCCGCGGAGCUGCAGGCCGUCAAGCACAGGUUUUCUGUUGUAAAGGGGCAAGCGGAACUUCAGAUGAAGAGGAUUUGGGGAGAAAGAGAAAAGAAGAUUCUGGAAGAUGCACUAAAUAAUUUGCAGGAGCAACUGGAAGCCUCGGAGCCACUGAGCAGAGAGGUGGAACAGGAGCUCGGGAAGUGUGAAAUAAGCAGCAGGGUGAAAGAGGCCACCUUAUGGGUGAAGAAUCUGUUGGGGGACCUCGUGCCCACCGUUUGCCUUCUCCCAGACGACAUCCUCGCACAGAUCAGAAAAUGCCAAGCGGAUCACGAUGGCAUUCUGGAUGGGCAGCGGGCGCUGGGGUCCCUGGUGGAGGAGCUCCGAGAGAACGCUCCUGACCUGCCUGCCCGCGAGCGCGAGGAACUGCGUGACCUCCUGCAGGACUUACAAGAUCAGUGCCAAAUGCUAGUUUUAAAAUCAACUCAGAGGUCGCAGCUGUUAGAACUGAAGCUGGAAGAAAGAAGCCAGUUUGUUGCAGAAAUAGGGAAGGCCCAGCUCUCACUCCAAGCAAAGGAGACGUGGACAGCUCCCGGGAUGGAAGCCACCUCCACUGUGGCCGAGCUGGAGCAGCAGCGCGCGGCGCUGGCCGCUUCCCGGGAGGACCUGCAGGGCGUCGAGCGCGCGGUCUCGGCGCGGCUCCGGGAGCUCCCGGACGCCUGCAAGGAGCUGAGUGUGUUCGAAAGGUUGUUUCUGGAUGACCAGUUGCAAAACCUGAAGACUAGAGCCAACAGAGCACAGAGACUCAUCCAGAAUAAAUGUGAUGAAGUGGAUCGCAAGAUAAAACUUUCCGGAGAAGUCCGCGAACGAACGUCGGCGCUUCAGAAGGAGCUGGACAGCAUCCAGCAGGGUGAGCCGCCGGGAAGGCAGGACGCGAGCCAGGCCGGGCGGGAGGGGGCCCGCGGCCUUCGCCAGCGCCUCCGAGGUGCGCAGUCUGCCAUCCGACAGGCGCUGGCGCUCAGAGAGGUGCUCGGCUCUCUGGGGCUCAGCUGGGAUUGCUGCCAGCUUGACGUGUUCCAGUCCCAAGCGUCUGAAAAAGAAAAAGAACUUGAAGAAAAAAUCAAGCGGUUGGACACAUUUAUGGCAGAGUAUGGCAAAUACCAAGCAUUACUGAAUAAACUGAGGGCGAUGGACUUGCGGAUUAAGAAAAGGGCCGAAGCAAUACUAAAACCUCCCAGUACUUCACCGGAAAGCCAUCUGCUCAACGCUCAAAUUUUGACUCAGAGAGUUGAGAAAGCCAUGUGCCUAUAUCAUGAGAUAAUAAAGAAUUUAAAUGAAAAUGAGGCCUUUGAUGACGCCUUCAAAGAGAAAGAAAUGCUGCAAAUCAAGCUGUCCGCAGAAGAAAAUGAAAAGUUACAUAAGGUUCUCCAAAAUAUAGUACUGGAAUCCCAACCAAAACAAAUGGAUAAAAAGAGUUUUCAGGACAAACUAGAAAAUUCUUUACGUGUUUUGGACCAGGUAAAAUCUAAGUUACAGCAGCCUUUACUUAUAAAUUUGAAAAUCGAACAUAUUCAAAAGGAAAUGGAUAAUUGCGAAGCUCUUCAAGAGCAAGUUCAGGCAGAAAUGGGCAGCAUUAAAGCCGUAACUGUUAUUGAGAAGCAAAAAGAGGAGACCUCUUCUGAAGCUAGUGAUGUGGAGACGAAAUUACGUGGCAUUGAAGAGCUUCACCUUCAGCUUAAUGCAAGCAUUGAUGUGCGCGCAAAUGUCCUGAAUGAUGCUUAUGAAAAUAUGACACGCUACAAUGAAGCUGUCACCAGGGCAGUGGGGAUCAUCGCCGCCCUCGAAGCCAUCGUCACAUCCCAUAGAGUAGAUCUGGAUAAUCCGGGAGAAUCACUGGAGAUGCCUCGCUGGAAACAAGAGGAGCUGGAAUCCACACUAGCAGACAUCCGGGACCUCACUGAGAAAUUGGGGACCAUAUCCAGCCCUGAAGCCAAACUAGAACUUCAGCGUGCUUUGCAGGAAUUAGUUUCUAAGAGCUCAGCCCUGAGAGAGGCAGUCAAAGUAAAGGAAGCUGAAAUAGAAAGGUGUCUCAAGAAUUACAAAUGCUAUGGAAAUCUUAAAGAGAAAAUUGGCACUAACCUCAGCCAAAUGGAAACAGCUCUUGGGCAGUCCAUGUCCCCACUGCCAGUGUCUUACAAGGAAGCUUUACAGCGCUUGGAACAGAGCAAGGCCUUGGUGUCAAAUGUCCUGUCAACCAAAGAAGAGUUACUGAAGCUGCGACGGGUCCUCAGACACCUGAGGCCCGCAUUCGCAGAGAAGGGUGACACAGGUGUGCUCAGAACCGCGUCGACUCUGUGGGAGAGAUGGCUGAGCUUGCUGGAAGCCGCUAGAGAGUGGGAGUCAUGGUGUGGCGAGCUGAAGCAGGAGUGGAAAUUUGUCAGGGAAGGAGUUGAACGAGAAGCGAUCAUUUUAGACAAUCUUCAAGAGGAACUCCCCGAACUUUCCAAAACGCAGGAGGCGGCCAGCGCGGCCGAGCUGGCGGAGCUGCUGGACGGCCUGGGCCACUGCGAGGAGAACGCGCGGAGACAGCGGCUGCUGCUGGACCUGCUCCUCCGGCGCGCGCGCGGCGGGCCUCCGGGCGCCGCGGGCCCCGCGCCGGCCCUCCAGGAGAUCACAGCCAUGCAGGAGCGAUGCCACAGGCUAUUUCAGAAAGCUCAAAAAAAUAAGGAAUUGAUGCAGAAUGAAAUUCAAGAGAGACAUUCUUUCACAAAAGAAAUAAUUACGUUGAAGAAUUUAUUUCAGAAGACCGCAUCUUCUUUCCAAAAUAUGGAAUCACAAGACUGCCCAGAAAAGGCAGAACAGUUUGAGGAGCUUCAAAGCAUUUUUAAGAAAGGGAAGCUAACGUUUGAGAAUAUUAUGGAAAAACUCCGAAUCAAGUAUUCUGAAAUGUACACCAUAGUUCCCGCAGAGAUUGGAGCCCAGGUGGAAGAAUGCAGAAAAGCUCUGGCAGACGUAGAGGAGAAGAUUAGCAAUGAAGUCCUGAAAAGUUCGCCAUCAUAUGCAAUGGGUAGAAAAAUAGAUGAAAUUAACAAUGGGCUUCACAAUGUUGAAAAGAUGUUGCAGCAGAAAAGCAAAAGUAUCGAGAAAGCUCAAGAAAUCCAAAAGAAAAUGUGGGAUGAGCUGGACCUCUGGCAUUCCAAGCUCAAUGAGCUGGAUUCUGAAGUCCAGGACAUCGUGGAACAGGACCCAGGACAGGCGCAAGAGUGGAUGGAUAACCUGAUGGUUCCUUUCCAGCAGUAUCAGCAAGUGUCACAGAGAGCGGAGUCUAGAACCUCACAGUUAAAUAAGGCCACCUUUAAGAUGGAGGAAUAUCACGACGUUUUGAGGAAUACUGAGGCUUGGAUAGAAAGCACCAGUCGUCUGCUGGCUAACCCCGCUGACUAUGACUCUUCAAAGACUCUGAGUCACCACGCGAGCGCCCUCCAGAUGGCUUUGGAAGAUUCAGAACAGAAACAUAAUCUUUUACAUUCAAUUUUCACGGAUCUUGAAGACUUGUCGGUAAUUUUUGAAACAGAUGAUUUAGCACAGUCCACACAAGAGUUGAGUCAUCAGGUAGCAGCCUUACAACAGAACAUCAUGGAGAGCCUUCCACAGAUUCAGCGGAUGGCCGAUGAUGUGGUUGCUAUAGAAGCGGAAGUAAAAUCAAUGGAGAAAAGAGUUUCAAAAAUCAAAGCUAUCCUAUUAUCAAAAGAAAUAUUUGAUUUUUCACCUGAAGAACAUCUUAAGCAUGGGGAGGUCAUACUGGAAAAUAUACAUCCCAUGAAGAAAACCAUUGCUGAAAUAAUGUCUUACCAAGUGCAACUGAGGUUACUGCAGACGGGAAUGAAACCUCUGCCUGUGUUCCAGCGGACACAUCAGCUUUUACAAGAUAUUAAACUGCUGGAAAAUGUGACUCAGGAACAAAAUGAGUUAUUAAAGAUAGUCAUAAAACAGAUUAAUGAAUGUGAUGAGGAAAUAGAAAGUUUGAAACAGAUCUUAAAUGAUUAUUCAGCUGAGCUCUCCCUUGAAGAUGUGUCACCAGACCAAGCCACCCGUGUGCCACAGGUGCAGGGAGAAACCGAAGGUAUUGAAAAGCAGAUUAUGAGUCUGAACCAGAAAAAAGAAAACCUGUUGGUGGACUUAAAGGCUGCUGUACUAAACCUUCACCGGCAUUUACAGCAAGAACAGCAAGAACCCGAAAAAGCAAAGGAAAUGCAGGCGGUGGCAGCAUUGGAGGAGGAGGGCGUGGCCGAGAGGGAUGUUUCUGAGUGGAAGCUGAACAGAAGAGGUUCCAUGUCCGUCCUGCCCGCGGUCAAGGAGGAGGCGGAAGAGAGCUCCCUGAAGAGCCAAAACGGAGAUAAGAAAGCAAAGCCGUCUGCUGGGUCUUGGUCUUUACUCUGGAAGCAUGACAAGGAUGUGGAGGAAGAUACAGCACCCCUGUCCUCUGGAACAAUCAUUCAGGGUGCCACACCUCCUAUCGAGGCUGAAGACCUGGGCUUUUCUGUCAAGCAAGGAGCUUUUCAUUCCACGGUGGAGAAAGCCAGCCCCGAGCCUGCUGAAGUCCUCCAUGCCUGCAAGACCCAGGUGGCCGAGCUGGAGCUGUGGCUGCACCAAGCCAACGUGGCAUUUGAGCCGGAAACAUUAAACGCAGACAUGCAGCAGGUGGUGGAACAGGAGCUGGUAGGGUGCCAGGCUAUGCUCACGGAGAUUGAGCACAAGGUUGCCUCUCUGUUAGAGAGCUGCAAAGACCAGGGCUUGGGAGACAGUGGAGCCACUCAACAGGAGGCCGAAGCACUUGCCUCAAAGCUAAAAACUGUGAAGUGCAAUUUGGAAAAAGUCCAGCUGAUGCUUCAGGAGAAAUAUAAUGAGGACCAGCAUUCCACCAUUGUAAAGAAACCUUCUGAGCAUCAGAAAGUUCUCCAACCAGAUAACCUUUCUGAGUUUGAAUCUGUUACCAUGGAAAGGCCACAGUUCGGCAGGCAGAAGGAUUUCCAGCAGCAACAGAUACUGGAGUUGAAACCAAUGGAACAGAAAGAUUUCAUCAAAUUCAUAGAAUUGAAUGCUAAGAAAAUGUGGCCCGAGUGUUACCAACACAAUGAAGACACAAGUCAGAAAUCGUCUGUGAGUGGUGAGGCAUCUGGCCCUGAACAUGGUGCUCCAGACUCAGUCCUGUCCGGCCAGGGCCGAAAUGGGGAUGAGUGGCAGUAUUUACAUCAGGAGCUGUCGUCGAAAAUAAGGCAGCCUCCCCCUCAGCUUGUGGAGCCUCAGGUUGCCACAGAUAUGAGCAUUCUACCCAGUGUGAGUGUGUAUAACUUUAGAUUCCCAACUGCUGAAGAACUGAAAACUUACACUACUCAACUUGAAGACUUGCGUCAAGAGGCAAAUAAUCUUCAGACACAGGAAAACAUGACAGAGGAAACAUACAGAUAUUUGGAUAAACAGUUAUUUGAACUAUUUCUGACCCUCAGUCGGUGCCUCGGCAGCGUGGAGGAGCUGCUGCAGACGCCUGGGCUCUGCAGAGAGGAUGUUGGUGCCCAGCAAGCGUACCACGAGGUACUGGCUCUCGAGCUGAAAAAACUGUACUUAGCUAUGAGUGACAAGAAGGGUGAUCUUUUGAAAGCCAUGGCUCGGCCUGGCAGGAACGCCAGCUUGUUCCCUGAAUGCUUUGGCAGCCUCCAAGUUUACCUGGAGCACACGCAGGCUGCCGCUGCGUCCAGAAGCAAGUCCCUGAAAGCUGGCCUCGACUACAACCGCAGCUACCAGAAUGAAAUAAAACGAUUAUAUGAUCAACUUCUUAAGAAUAAGACAUCUUUACAGCAGUCUUUGAAUGAAAUUAGUGGCCAGAGUAUUGAUGAACAGCUUCAGAAAGCAGAUGCAUAUACAGCAGAGCUGCAGAACUCAGAGAGCCGAGUAGCAAAACUCAGAGCCGAAGGGGAGAGGCUUCACUUACCUUAUGCUCAACUCCAAGAGGUGUACAAAUUAGAGGAUGUACUUGACAGCAUGUGGGGUAUCCUGAGAGCCAGGUACUCGGAGCUCAGCAGCCCUUUCGUCACCGAGAGCCAGCAGGAUGCGCUGUUGCAAGGCUUGGAGGAACUGGUGAAUAUCGGGAAGGAGAAGCUUGCUCGUGACCACUUACAACAAACCAAAAGUAAAGGCGCCUUACAGGCUCAGAUACAGGAUCACAAGCUUUUUUUCCAGAAGCUUGUUGCUGACAUGCUGUUAAUCCAGACAUCCUCCAUCAAAAUGCUUCCUUCUUUAUUGCAAAAGAAAGAGGCAUCUUGGGCAGAACAAGUAAAAGAAGUUAAAUUACUAGAAGAAAAGUCAUGCCAAUGUGGAAUAAAGCUGCAGAGUCUGUUGCAGAAAUGGGAAGAAUUUGAUGAAAACUAUGCAUCUCUUGAGAAGGACCUGGAAAUCCUGGUAUCUACACUGCCCUCUGUGAGUUUGGUGGAAGAGACAGAGGAAAGAUUAGUGGAAAGGAUUUCAUUUUACCAGCAAAUAAAAAGAAACAUUGAUAAGAAGCAUGCCCGGCUUUACCAGACUCUGAAUGAAGGCAAACAGCUGGUGGCCUCUGUGAGCUCUCCCGAAUUAGAGGACCAGAUUGCCAAACUAGAAGAGCAGUGGCUGUCCCUGAACAAAAAAAUUGACCAUGAGCUACACAGACUACAAACGCUUCUCAAGCACCUGCUCAGUUAUAACAGAGAUUCGGACCAGUUAACCAAGUGGUUGGAAUCUUCUCAGCAAACUCUGAACUACUGGAAAGAACAGUCCCUUAAUGUGUCUCAGGACUUGGAUACAAUCAGAAGCAACAUAGACAGUUUCUUUGAGUUCUCCAAGGAAGUUGAUGAAAAGUCCUCCUUGAAAACUGCAGUGCUAAGUACUGGGAACCAACUCCUUCACCUGAAAGGGGCCGAUACGGCCACAGUGAGAGCUGCUCUAGCGCAGUUCGAACAGAAAUGGACAGUGCUCAUAACUCAGCUUCCAGAUAUUCAGGAAAAACUUCACCAGCUUCAGAUGGAGAAAUUGCCUUCUCAUAAAGCAAUCACGGAGAUGAUUAGCUGGAUGAACAAUGUGGAACAUCAAACCGCAGGUGAAGACUCCGCGCGUUCACCGAGUUCUGCGUCUCAAGUUAAAAAUCUGCUUCAGAAGUACAAGGAGUUUAGAAUGGAAAUGGACUAUAAACAAUGGAUAGUCGACUUUGUUAACCAGUCAUUACUUCAGUUGAGCACCUGUGAUGUGGAAAGUAAGCGCUACGAGAGAACGGAGUUUGCAGAGCACCUGGGAGAGAUGAACCGCCAGUGGCACCACGUACACGGAGCACUGAACAGAAAGAUACAACAUUUAGAACAACUCUUGGAAAGUAUCACUGAGAACGAAAACAAAAUUCAGAUUCUGGACAACUGGAUGGAGGCGCAGGAGGAGAGACUGAGAACUUUGCGGAAACCGGAAAGCGUGGUCUCGGUGCAGAAGGUGCUCCUGGAUUGUCAGGAUAUAGAAAAUCAACUUGCAGUUAAAUCCAAAGCACUGGAUGAGUUGAGACAAAGUUGCCUGACUUCGGAGAGUGGGACAAUGCCAUUGUUAGAAGAUACAGCUUCCAGAAUUGAUGAGUUAUUUCAAAAGAGGAGCAGUGUCAUCAACCAGGCCAGUGAGCUCAAUACCUGCAUGCAGUCCGUCUUACAGGAGUGGAAGGUUUAUGAUAAACUCUAUGAUGACAUGAAUAUGAUGACAGUUCGACUCCAGUACUGUGUGGGACACAGCAAGCCUGCGGCUUUGUCAUUGGAGGCCCUGAGAUGCCAGGUGCAGAGCCUGCAGUCUCUUCAAGACGAAGCGGAGAGCAGCGAAGGGAGGUGGCAGAAGCUCCAGGAGGCUAUUGGAAGACUCAGAGGUUACUGCCCCUCAGUUGCUGAAAUAAUGGAGGAGAAAUGCCAGCAUGCUCACACAAGGUGGACGCAGGUAAACCAGGACAUUGCAGACCAGUUGCAGACGGCCCAGGGUCUGCUACAGCUCUGGAAGGCCUACACCAGUGCUCACACUGAGGCCGUAACAAAGCUGGAACAGCAGGAAGCAAAGUACCACCAGCUUGCAAACAUCAACAUGUCUGGAAACAACCUGGCAGAGGUCCUGAACCCAGCCCUGCAGGAUAUAAAGGAGCUGCAGCAUGAGGUGCAGAAGACAAAGGAAGCCUUUCUCCAAAAUGCCACUCUCCUGGAUCGACUCCCACAACCCGCCGAGUCGGACACCCAUGUGCUCCUCUCCGGUCAACUGCACUCCCUCCAAAGGGCUUCCUACUUGGAAAAGAUGCUGCUUGUGAAAGCAAAUGAAUUUGAGUUUGUUCUAUCACAGUUUAAGGAUUUUGGGGACCAGUUGGAAUCUUUGAAAGGCCAUAUAACGCAUGAAGAAGAGAAUUUGAAUAAACUCUACCAACAAGAAAAAGAAAAAAAUCCUGACUCGCUCCUGAAUCAUGUGCUGGCACUGGCAGCCCACUCUCCUGAUGCUGAGCAUCUGAAUGAAGUAAGCCUCAAACUCCCACUUAGUGACGUGGCUGUAAAGACAUUGCAGAAUAUGAACCGGCAGUGGAUUCGGGCCACAGCGACAACGCUGGAACGCUGCAGUGAGCUUCAGGGAAUUCGAUUGAAUGAGAAAUUUCUUCACUGCUGUGAAAAGUGGGUCCAACUUUUGGAGAAGGUAGAAGAGAUGCUCAAGAAGGAUAUUGCUGACGGUCUUCCAGCUCUCCUGGAACAGCAGAAGACAUAUGAGAUGUUAGAAGCUGAAGUUUCUAUAAACCAGACAAUUGCUGAUUGCUAUGUCACCCAGUCCUUACAACUCUUGGACACAACAGAAAUAGAGAAAAGACCGGAAUUUAUUUCGAAGCUCACGAAGCUGAAGGCCCGAUGGCAGAGCGCUGCCCAGAGCGUGCGGCAGAGGAGGAGAGCGGUUGGUGGGCUGGUGAGGAAGUGGCGGUGUUUCUGCACCUCCCAGGAGGACUUGCUCCGCUUCCUGACUGACACCAGCCACCUGCUGUCUGCAGUCAAGAGCCAGGACUGCCACAGUCUCUGCGAAACCAGGAGUCUGAUCCAUAAGCUGAAGAAUAAAGAAACUCAUUUUGAGAGACGGCAAACCACCUACGAGCUAACCUUGGAAGCUGGGGAAAAGUUACUGAACAUAGCUGGCCUGGAAAGUAAAGAGUCUAUUGAGAAGAGAAUCGGCCGACUUCAGGACAGCUGGAAGGACACAAAGCUCCAAGUGGGAGAGAUGAUUAAACACUUCCAGAGCGUCGUAGAGACCUGGGACCAGUGUGAAAAGAAAAUCAAAGAGCUGAAAAGCAGGCUGCACGUUUUAAAGGCGCAAAGUAAAGAUCCCCUUCCAGAACCUCACGAGGACCUCCAGAGAGAGAAAGAGCUGAUCAAGGAGCUGGAGACGGCUUCGGCUACCUGGAUUCAGAACUUGGAAGAGCUGCAGGCUAUGAAAGCCGACUUGGCCCAGCACACUCCGGCGGGGGACGCGAUGGUUCUCGCCGAGCAAAUCGCGCAUUUGCGCCGGCAGUGGGAGGACCUCUGCCUGAGAGUGGCCAUACGCAAACAGGAGAUUGAAGACAGACUCAAUUCAUGGAUUGUGUUCAAUGAAAAAAAUAAGGAGCUAUGUGCAUGGCUGGUGCAGAUGGAAAACAAAGUUCUGCAGACAGCAGAUAUUAGUAUCGAAGAAAUGAUUGAAAAGUUGCAGAAGGACUGCAUGGAAGAAAUAAACUUGUUCAGUGAGAACAAGUUGCAGUUAAAGCAGAUGGGUGACCAGUUGAUCAAGGCCAGCAACAAGGCAAGGGCAGCCGAGAUCGAUGACAAGCUCAACAAAAUUAACGACCGCUGGCAGCAUCUUUUCGAUGUCAUUGGGUCAAGGGUGAAGAAGCUGAAGGAGACGUUUGCUUUUAUUCAGCAGCUAGACAAAAACAUGAGCAGCCUCCGCACCUGGCUGGCGCGCAUCGAGUCCGAGCUGGCUAAGCCCGUGGUGUACGCCGUCUGCGAUGACCAGGAGAUCCAGAAGAGGCUGGCCGAGCAGCAGGACCUGCAGCGAGACAUUGAGCAGCACAGUGCAGGGGUGGAGUCCGUGUUUAGCAUCUGCGAUGUCCUGCUGCACGACUCGGACGCCUGUGCCAACGAGACCGAGUGUGACUCCAUCCAGCAGACCACCCGCAGCCUGGACCGGCGCUGGAGGAACAUAUGCGCCAUGUCCAUGGAGCGGCGGAUGAAAAUUGAGGAGACCUGGCGCCUGUGGCAGAAGUUUUUAGAUGAUUACUCCCGCUUUGAAGACUGGCUCAAGUCUGCCGAGAAGACCGCAGCCUUCCCCAAUUCCUCAGAGGUGCUGUACACAGUUGCCAAAGAAGAGCUGAAGAGGUUUGAGGCCUUUCAGCGGCAGGUGCACGAGCGGCUCACGCAGCUGGAGCUCGUCAACAAGCAGUACCGGCGGCUGGCCCGGGAAAACCGCACGGACACGGCCAGCCGGCUGAAGCAGAUGGUGCACGAGGGCAACCAGCGCUGGGACGGCCUCCAGAAGCGGGUCGCGGCCAUCCUGCGCAGACUCAGACAUUUCACCAACCAAAGGGAAGAGUUCGAGGGCACCAGGGAGAGCAUCCUGGUGUGGCUGACCGAGAUGGACCUGCAGCUGACCAACGUGGAGCACUUCUCCGAGAGCGACGCCGACGACAAGAUGCGCCAGCUGAACGGUUUCCAACAGGAAAUUACGUUAAAUACCAACAAGAUUGAUCAGCUCAUCGUUUUCGGGGAGCAGCUGAUUCAGAAGAGUGAGCCCCUCGACGCCGUGCUGAUCGAAGACGAGCUGGAGGAACUCCACCGCUACUGCCAGGAGGUCUUCGGCAGGGUCUCCCGGUUCCACCGGCGGCUGACGUCCCACGCGCCGGGCUUGGAAGAUGAAAGGGAGGCCUCCGAGAAUGAACCGGACAUGGAAGACCCCAGAGAGAUCCAGACUGACUCCUGGCGUAAAAGGAGAGAGAUGGAGGAGCCCUCGUCUCCUCAGUCCCUGUGUCAUCUGGUGCCCCCGGCCCUGGGCCCCGAGCGGUCUGGCUGCGAGACCCCCGUCAGCGUGGACUCCAUCCCCCUGGAGUGGGAUCACACGGGUGACGUGGGGGGCUCGUCCUCUCACGAGGAAGACGAGGAGGGCCCAUACUACAGUGCGCUGUCAGAUGUAGAAAUCCCUGAAAAUCCUGAGGCAUAUCUUAAAAUGACCACAAAAACUUUGAAAGCAUCUUCUGGUAAAUCCAUUUCUGAGGGCCACUCGUGGCACAUUCCUGACAGCCCUUCCUGUCCCAAGCAUCGCUACAAACAAAUGGGAGGUGAUAGGAAUGUGCAGCCCAUCCCUUCAGAUUCCAGCACCCCUUAUAAACCAGCCUAUGUGAAGCUGCUGUUGUCUCCAGGUACCAAUGGUGGCAAAGAAGGCCCGAGCGUCCUGAAUGGCAGCCCGCAGCCGGAGGACGAGGGGCCGGCGUCCCUCCCCGGGCAGCAGUCAGGUGCCUUUGACGGGUGGGAGCUGGCUCAAGCACAAGAACUUCACAAGAAACUCAGAAUAAAACAAGACUUGCAGCAGCUGAACUCUGAUAUCAGCGACAUCACCACCUGGCUGAAAGACACUGAAGCGGAGCUAGAAACAUUAAAGAUGGCAGAGCCUCCCUCUGAUGUCCAGGGACUGGAACUCAGGGUGAAGAGACUGAAGGAGAUAUUAAAAGCCUUUGACACCUACAAGGCUUUGGUGGGCUCCGUCAAUGUCAGCAGCAAGGAGUUUCCGCAGACCGGGAGCAGCGAAUCCAAAGAGCUCCAUGAGAGAGUCGGCCAGCUGAGGCUGCACUGGGACGCGGCGCAGGGUGCGGUGGAGAGCUGGAGAGAGGGCUUGCGGCAGUCACUCAUGCAGUGCCAGGACUUCCACCAGUUGAGUCAAAAUCUGUUACUGUGGUUGGCGAGCGCUGAGAGCCGGAGGCAGAAGGCUCAUGUCACUGACCCCAAGGCAGACCCCCAGGCUCUCCUGGAGAGUCGGGGACAGCUCAUGCAACUGGAAAAGGAGCUAGUAGAACGUCAGCCUCAAGUAAACUCCUUACAAGAGAUUUCAGACAGCCUUCUUAUUAAGGGGCAUGGAGAAGACUACAUUGAGGCAGAAGAGAAGGUACACGUCAUCGAGAAGAAACUCUCACAGUUACUGGAGCAAGUGUCCCACGACUUAAUGUCCUUGCAGGGAAGCCAGAUCCCAGACCCGUCUCUGCCCAGCUUGGAUGAUGUGGAUGCUGGAGACUGGCCUCCAGCAGCAUUUGAGCCAGCUCCCCAGGCAAAGUCUGGAGCAGAGAGAACCACGAAAGGCAAGAACAAUUUAGACAACAGGGUGCCUGGCCCUGCUGACCCAGGCAGCUCAAGGCCGCAGCGCUCCUUCCUCUCCCGGGUGAUCAGGGCGGCACUGCCCCUACAGCUGCUCCUCCUGCUGCUGCUCCUCCUGGCCUGCCUGCUGCCCUCCUCAGAAGAGGACUACAGCUGCACUCAGGCCAACAACUUCGCCAGGUCCUUCUACCCCAUGCUGAGGUACACCAACGGGCCACCCCCAACAUAGAGGGCUCAGCCUGCCAGCAGCCCACCCCACCAGCCUGUUUACUCGGGAGCCCGACUCCUGGCCCCAGACCAACCUGUGAGUGACUGAGGGGUAGCAGGGUCCAAGGAUCUGCUGCAGACACCUCGCUCAGGGCCUGGCCAGAGGUCUCUCUUGGGACCCAAGGCACGAAACCUGGGCAGCUUGGCAAAGCUAGUUGACUGGUUUUGGGAUCUCAGAAAACUGCAGUUUCCUAAAAAGCCAAGCACUUUGUGAAUUCUGAUUUGUAAAACAUUAUUAAAAUGUAGCUAAUAUGGUGAAAUGAACAGUAGUGUUCAUCACAUAGUAUAUAUUCUAGAAACAAGCCAGCAGAUUCUACCUUAGAAAUGGUUCAGAAACCCACAUGCAUCCUUGGCUGAUUGAUUGAAACAAUUAUAUUUUAAAUGUUUAGAAUUAAUUUACCCCAAUCAGCUAGCAAUUUUGAGCUACAGGUUAUAAACCAAAAUGUUCUGUUCAGUACUUAGGUCUGCUCUUUUAUAUUGCUUUAAAAUUUUAAAGAAAUUCUAUUGCAUGGAUGUGGUUAUUUGUGCAUAUUUUUUAACAAUGCUGAAUCUGUAUGAAUGUAAACUUUGAUUUUUUUAAGAAAAUCAGAUUUUAGCUUGAGCUUUUGACUAAUGUACAAUAAAUGCCAAACUACAUACUUGAUAGGGACAUUUUUGUAAGUUAAUUUUAUAAGACUUUUCACAUUCAAAGUGCUGCUUCAGGUUGUAACUGUUUGGCCACAAGGGGGUUGGUACAGAUACCUGAAGCUGUUUGUCAUAUGUACAACUCAGAUGUUUCUCAUUAAAACAAAAAAUAGCCAUA